AUGGACAUAUGGAAAGUGAGAGUUUGUGGAAUCAGCAUACUGCUGAUGUCAGUGAUUUCUUUGACUCUUGGAUUGCAAGUUAGUAUUACACAGUCCAUCUAUGAAGUUGCCCAAGGUGACGAAGUGACCAUAAUGUGCAAUUUUCAGCCUAAAAAUCCCGUUAACCGAUUCAUUGUCAUCUCAUGGACUGGUGAACCUGAUGGGUCAUUUGAUGACGAAGAGAUUUCUUUUGGGACCUUCUAUUCCAGUGAUAACCAUGUAGAUAUCGAUCCACUGUACAAAGACAAAGCCCAUAUUCAAAGUGAUAUGAAUGAAAAAGUGUCAACACUAUUACUGAAGCAAGUCACUGUGCGAGAGAGCAGACGGAUCAGAUGUCUUGUCCAGAUUCCUGGUGAUGCAGAGGGAAAAACAUCAGAUUCAACGUCUCUUGUGGUCCUGGUUGCACCAUCAGAUCCUGUCUGUAAGAUUAAAGGCACUGCAGAGUAUGGACACAAUAUCAGUUUGACUUGUGUCUCUGAAGAGGGUUCCCCAGCUCCCACCUACCAGUGGCAGAGCUAUGAUGUCAAAAACAUCCCAAGACCAUUUCCACCCAAAGCCACUGACAAGGAUGGAGUGCUUUCUCUGUUCAAUGUGUCAAUGGACACAUCAGGUUACUACAUUUGCACAUCAGCCAAUAAGAUUAGGUCUGCAAAGUGCAACCUCACCUUGUCAGUCAUGCCCCCUACUAUGCAAAUUGGAACUACAGCAGGAAUCAUUGGAGGCUGCGUUGCUGGAGUUGCAGUGCUUGUACUACUAAUUUACUGCUGCUGUAGAGACAAAGAUCAGCCAGAGGAAUUUGCCAUGGAACCUCCAGUGAUAGAAUACCAUGACGUUCCAAAGCAAGAGAAGCAAGAAGAUGGUUCUGGAGAUGUAAGAAAGACUAGUAUUGAAGGUCAUAUUGACCAGAGAGAGAGGUAUGAGAUGACGGCUGAAAAGGACAAUGAUUGUAAUUUUAAUCGACGGUUUGAUUGUGCUGAUCAUCAUAAAGAUGAACAUUCUGGGAGGUAUGAUGACCGCAGGAACAUCGACAGUAGAGGUCAUAAUGAAGACCACAGAGAACGUUCUGAUGACCGCAAAUAUUAUUCCAAUGACCAGCAGAAUCACUAUGAUGAUCGCAGAAGUCAAUAUGAUGAUCUCAGAGAUCAAUAUAAUGAUCAACAAAAUCAAUAUGAUGGCCGCGGGGAUUGUUUCAGUGAUCAGCAGGAUCGCUAUAUGCAUGAUCGCUAUGACAGUGGCAGAGGUCACUACCGCCAGAACUACUAUGAUGAUGACAGAAAUAGGUUUGAUGACCGCAGAGAAGAUUAUGAUGAUCGCCAGAGUCGCUAUGACAACUACAGAUAUCGUUAUGACGAUCACCAGGAUCACUAUAAUGACCACAGAGAUCGUCGUGAGCGCCAAGAUCAAUACAGGCCUACUGAUCGUCAUGAUCAUUAG